AUGCCUGAUCAGGACAAAAAGUUGAAGAGCACAGAAAAAGCAACAGACAAAAAACCUCAUGGGAUCUCUAUGAGGGAUUAUUCUGAUCUUAAAAGACUUCAGUCUCUCUUAAACGUUAAGUCAAGCAACCAACAGCUUCCAGCUAUACGUUUUGAAAGUCGUCAAACCAGUGUGACAAGAGCUCGGCAAAAUGUCAAAAGCAAUGAUCAAAAACCCCAUGGUCAAUGGCAACAAUCAAAAGAAGCUGUUGAGCUUGAAAACUUCAGCGUGACCUACAAGAAUGAGAGAAAUUUUAGCAAACAUCCCAAACAUAAGCUGUUUCAAGACAUCUUUACAGCUUUAGUUAAGAACAGACUUAGCUGCAGGGAGUGGGUUAAUCAAGCUCCGUCCAUCCAUUUUCUUAGAGUAUUAAUCUGCCUGAGAUUACUAGUAAGGGAUCCAUGCUAUCAGGAAAUGCUCCACAGCUUGGGUGGGAUUGAAAAUCUAGCUCAGUAUAUGGAAACAGUAGCAAAUGGCUAUCUUGAUUACGGAGAAGAGCAGCAUAAUGUAGACAAGUUGGUCAACAUGACAUACAUUUUCCAAAAACUUGCUGCUGUUAAAGAUCAAAGAGAACGGAUUAUAGUAAGUGGAGCACAUAAAACCUUAGUAAAUUUGUUAUCUGCCAGAGACAGUGAUGUGCUUUUGGGUACCCUCCUUGCUCUGACUAGCCUAGCAGAAAGUCCAGAAUGUAGGGAGAAGAUAAGUGAGCUCACCAUUGUUGAGAACUUGCUGGUGAUAUUACAUGAAUACGAUUUGCUUUCUAAAAGGCUCACUGCAGAGUUGCUACGUCUCCUCUGCGCAGAGUCACAAGUCAAAGAGCAAGUAAAAAUGUUUGAAGGAGUUCCAGUCUUGCUCAGUUUACUCCAUUCUGAUCAUAUCAAACUUCUAUGGAGCAUAGUCUGGAUUCUGGUACAGAUUUGUGAAGAUCCUGAGACUAGUGUGGAAAUUCGAAUUUGGGGUGGAAUCAAGCAGCUCCUUCAUAUAUUACAGGGGGAAAGAAAUCUUGUUUCUGAUCGCUCUUCAGUUGGUAGUUUAUCUAGUGCAAAUGCAGCAGGAAGAAUCCAAAACCUUCAUUUGUCAGAUGCUUUGAGUCCUGAUGAGAUGCAAGAAAAUAUUUUCUCACUUCAAGCAGCUUGUUGUGCUGCAAUCACUGAACUGGUGCUCAAUGAGACUAACGCUUACCAGGUAGUACAGGCAAAUGGAAUAUAUACAAUAGCAAAGCUGAUUUUACCAAAAAAAGAAAGGAAUGCUGAAAAAGCUAAUUUAUUACAGUGUUAUGCUUUCAGAGCCCUGAGAUUCCUCUUCAGUAUGGAAAGAAAUCUACAUAUCUUUAAAAGACUUUUCCCUACUGACUUGUUUGAAGUCUUCAUUGAUAUUGGACAUUAUGUGCGUGAUAUCAGCGCUUAUGAAGAGUUGGUAUCAAAGCUAAAUUUAUUAAAGGAGGAUGAAUUGAAGCAAAUUGCUGAAAGUAUUGAGAGCAUGAAUCGGAAUAAGGCACCUACAAAACAUAUAGGCAAUUAUGCAAUUUUAGAGCACCUUGGCAGCGGAGCUUUUGGAAGCGUAUAUAAGGUUAGAAAACAUAAUGGUCAAAAUCUCCUGGCAAUGAAAGAAGUCAAUUCACACAAUCCAGCAUUUGGAAAGAACAAAAAAGACAGAGACAGAAGUGUAAAGAACAUUGUUUCUGAAUUAACCAUCAUCAAAGAGCAGCUUUAUCAUCCAAAUGUUGUACGCUAUUAUAGAACCUUCUUGGAAAAUGACAGAUUGUACAUAGUCAUGGAGCUCAUAGAGGGAGUGCCAUUGGGAGAACACUUUCACUCUUUGAAGGAAAAGCAACAACAGUUUACAGAAGAAAGAAUAUGGCAUAUAUUUAUCCAACUUUGUCUAGCUCUUCGUUAUUUGCAUAAAGAGAAAAGGAUUGUUCAUCGAGAUCUCACUCCGAACAAUGUUAUGCUGGGGGAUAAAGACAAAAUUACAAUUACUGACUUUGGGCUUGCAAAGCAAAAGCAAGAAAACAGCAAACUUGCAUCAGUAGUGGGAACCAUUCUAUACUCGUGCCCUGAAGUUGUAAAGAGUGAGCCGUAUGGAGAGAAGGCUGAUGUCUGGGCUGCAGGAUGUAUCCUUUAUCAGAUGGCAACUCUGAACCCACCAUUUUACAGCACCAAUAUGCUCUCCUUGGCAACUAAGAUAGUAGAGGCUGUGUAUGAACCUGUGCCAGAAGGACUGUACUCUGAAAAAGUGUCAUUUACCAUUAAGAGAUGCUUGACUCCUGAUGCAGAGGCACGUCCAGACAUAGUGGAGGUCAGCUCACUGCUGUCUGAUGUGAUGAUGAAAUACCUGGAUAUUUUAUCCACCUCUCAUCUCAUGUUGGAGAAGAAACUGGAUCGGGAGAGGAGACGAACCCAGAGGUACUUCAUGGAGGCUAAUGGAAAUGCAGUAACCUAUCACCAUCAGCUUUCCAUUUUAUCACAAAAAAAUCACGAGAAGUUGAGUCUUCAUAGCAGCAGCAGUGGAGCAGCCAGUUGCAAAAGUGAAUUUUCAGGAAAUACGGACCUCCCAGCUGAAAGCUGUCAAUCUGCAUGUGGAAAAGUUGAGGAACGAACAUAUGAAGAAAUCCUGGUAGAGGAUCACAGCACUUUAGAGAACUCUGAGAAAGAUAUGUUCUCUGAAUUAGAUGAUGAGCUGGACAUAUUGGACAACUCUAGCAGCUCCAGUUCAAGUCAUUUGAAAGAGUCUGCUGUUGGUAUAAUUAAACCAAGUUUUAGUGCUUCCGAAAGACAACCUCAGAUUAUAGAUUAUAUUGAAGGCCUGGGAUCAAGACUGCGACCAGCUUUACUGCCUAUUGAUCUACUGUUGAGAGUGCCUCCACUCAUGUGCAGGGCCCACACUAAGAAAAGAGAGGAUUCAUUAGUGACAGGGUGGCAGUCUCAUAAACCUCCAGUUGUAGUUCUUUGCAAUAUGAAAAAUCAAGCAUCGUCAGGAAUUGCUGUAUCACAACGGAAGGUGCGUCAGAUCAGUGAUCCUGUUCAGCAGAUUCUUAUUCAGCUGCACAAAAUUAUCUUCAUCACUCAACUUCCUCCAGCUUUGCAAUGCAACUUGAAAAGGAGAAUCAUUGAGAGAUUCAAGAAGUCCCUCUUCAGUCAGCAGAGCAAUCCUUGUAAUCUGAAAUCAGAAAUGAAAAAGCUGCUGCAAGGUUCUCCUGAAUUGAUUGAGCCCAACUUCUUCACAGCAGAUUGGCAUGUGGUAUUUCUCUCUUCAGGUGGAAAUAUGUUGCUUCCAGAUGAUAGAAAAGGUGUUGUUGGCACUUCUGACAUAGCAGAAGGGACGACAUACGAACAGUUGCAGACUCUAAUUGAAGAGGUUCUAGAGGAAAGCGGUUAUUACAAUUUCUCUUCUAACAGACUUCUGAGAUUCUUUGGCUUUGACAUCAUGCUUGUACAUCAGCUUUCUGCUAAAAGCGCCAAGAUUGAUCCCAUACCUAGUGACUGUGAAUAG